GGGGGGACCGGUUUUGUUCAAAAUGGCGGCAAAUUUGGAAGACACCACAAACCAGUUAAGCGAAACUGCAAAUCCUGUACCGCCCAGAAGUUUCACUGUAGUAAACGAAGACCAACAAUUCAGUGAAGUUGAAGAGCACGAAGAUGAGGAGAGAAACCCUCUUUUGGAACUGAAAAAAUGCAAAGAAUGGCUACAACAACAGAAGAUAAACCAUGAGGCCGAAUUACUUGUCCGACGGCUCCAGCAGUGCGAGGACCAGCAGCCUUCAACAAGUGCAUCAUCACAGUCUGAUCUUUACGAAAGGAUAUCCAAGUUGCAAGAUCAGCUCUAUUCCCUUUCAACAGCACGUUCAUACAAGAAGCUUGUUUUAGACAGGCUUCUGUGUGGUGACCUUUUAAUAAAAAAAUUGUUCCCAGAUGUUCUAACAGACUCACCAUCAGAAGAGCAGACUGAGGAAAUGAGAGAUUUUCUUAAAUUAUGUGAAAAACAGAACAAGCUUAGCACUGAGGUUCUUCUGGAACACAAGACAUUAUCAGAAGCUCAGACUCUUUUAGACAAGCUGAAACGGCAAAGUUAUGAGAUAAAAAAGGAAAACCGAGGUCUUCUAAAACGCGUUCAAAAACUUACAGAUGAAAAGGAAAAUGCUUCUUGCAGCCCUUCAGAUAACACAGUAAUCCAAAAGCUAAAACAGCAAAUUGGACUCAAAGUAGAAAAAAUUGACGUCGUCAGGAAUGUAUUUCAGGGUCUUGUAGUAGGAAGUGGUAUUGACUGGGUGAUGGACGAAGAGAUGCGACAUCUUGUUCUUAGUCUUGGAGAGCCACUGGAGUUUGCGACAUGACUUGUCCUCGUCCGACAACAAAACUGAGCUUCACGUCGCUCCCGCGAGUAGGAAGCAUUUACUGAAUUAGCGGAGUACCCAAAUGAAUUCACAAAACAUGCUUGUCAUCUACGGACAUUUUUUUUUUUUAGUCAGGAGUUGCGUCUUGGCCCUCCUGUUUUAGUUACGCUUCAACAUCAGUAUGCAACUCCUCCAUACUGUUCUUUAUACAUUACCUAUCGUGCCGACAAGGAUAAUUUGCUCAACAAUCGAGAGCUUCUUUGGUUGUUGAUCGUUUCCUUAAUUCUCCUGAUCUUUAGUGUUUGAUUCUGGGAUGAUACUGUGGGAAGAAAUUAAAUGCUCAUCGCGAAGCAACCGUGACGUUCA